UAAAAGCCUUGCACUCCCCCAAAGCAUCCCACUAUCUCUCGCGCGGACGUCACGCGGAACAGAGACCCAUCUUCGCUAUUCCUCUGCAUUCUAAGAUCUAAGAAUGUGUCUAGAACUUCGUUGAUUGGUUUGUUGGAGGAUUCUUUUAUGUCUUUAAAUUCGACAUUUUUUGCUAAGAAGAAAAUACAAAGACAAAAAAUUACGUACUCUUUCGUGGACACCUUAGUUUGUAUGCAUUUACAUAUGAAAUGGGUUCUCGAGGAAGGCCACUAUUUGAUCUUAAUGAACCCCCUGCCGAGGAUGAUGAGGAGACUGAUCGCGUCAUCUGCUUGCAGCCGCAGAAGGCUCUUCCCUCUGUAAAUCCAAAUUCUUCUGACUUGUUGGCAGCUUCAGUAGUUCCCCUAGGAAUUAAAUGUAGCAAUGCUUUCUCACAUGCAUCUUCUGUGUCGGGUUUUCAGCCUUUUGUUCGGCCCAAGGUUGUCCACAGCCCUGAAGAAGCUUCUGAACAAAAGAAAAUGGGAGAUGAGAAUCCCAAUUUUGUAUCUUCACUAAAAACAAGUAAUGGUGAUGGCACAAGAGCAGCAUCAUCAUUAGUUUCAGGUUCUGCAGAUCCUGGAGCUGUAGAAAGAGAAGAAGGGGAGUGGUCUGACGUAGAAGGUUCUGCUGGUGCAUCUGCUGGGAAUAGUCUCCAUGUGUUGGGCAAAGCUUCAAAAGAUCAAGGCAAGUCUGAGUUGAUAUGUAGUGCUUCUGAUACUGCUAUCAAGGACAUUUCUGGCAGUACCAAAGUCACUGAUUAUAACAGGUUUGAAAUUAGUGGCCGUGCUUCACAUGGUAUGGAUCAGUGUCUGAAUGAUCAGAAGAGUAACAGCAUUCAAAAUUCAGAUAGCAAUGCUAAUGGUGAUGCAUCCAUGGAUGGUCAGGAAGACACUGCAUUUGUUCCAAAAGCAAGAGAAGUUAAAGGUGUUGAAGCAAAUCAUGCACUCAAGUAUGCCAAUCAUAUGGGGAAGAGGAAGAUAGACCAACAUAAAGAAGCUAUGCUAGGGAAGAAGCGAAAUAGGCAGACCAUGUUAAUUAAUAUAGAUGAAGUUAAGCAAGCAGGCCCUAUCAAAUCUUCAACACCAAGAAGGCAGCCAACUACCAUCCGAACUGUGAAGGAAGUUCGCUCUGUCCCUCCACCUGCUGAACAUGGGGAAAAGCAUAAUCAACCAAUGUUCAAGGAUCAUAAACAAGUUGGCUUAUCAUGCAAUGAAGGGGGCACUGCUGCCGAGUUCUGCCAGCCCAAAAGUGAAUGCAAUGGUGAUAUAAGUUCUGGGCAUCAAGCGAAGCCUAGGAGGCUGAACAAUGAUUCAGAUUUUUCUGGAGAAGCACACCUACCACCCAUUCCAAGACAGAUUUCAUGGAAGCAGCCUGCUGAUCUGAGGCGGCAAAGAAGGAACCCAGUUCUGAUGAGCCAAAGCUCCAUGGAGUCAAAGAUGGGAAACAAGAAAAACCUCCCUGCCAAGAAGCCAGCUUUAAUCAGUACCCCAUAUCAAGACACAUCAGUAGAACGUCUCAUACGGGAGGUGACUAAUGAGAAGUUUUGGCAUCAUCCAGAGGAGUCUGAGCUUCAAUGCAUUCCUGGGCGAUUCGAAUCUGUUGAAGAAUAUGUCAAGGUAUUUGAGCCUUUGCUUUUUGAGGAAUGCCGAGCACAACUUUAUAGCACAUGGGAAGAGUUGACUGAAACAAAUACACAUGUAAUGGUUCGUGUGAAGAGCAUUGAAAGACGAGAAAGAGGAUGGUAUGAUGUUAUAGUCCUUCCAGUGAGUGAGUGCAAAUGGACAUUCAAGGAGGGUGAUGUUGCAGUUCUUUCGACGCCUAGGCCUGGAACAGCAGUCAGAACCAAGAGGAGCAACACCUCAUCAUAUGAGGAUGAUGACGAACCUGAGAUCAGUGGACGUGUGGCUGGUACUGUUAGACGGCAUAUCCCUUUCGAUACUCGUGACCCUCAUGGUGCAAUCCUCCAUUUUUUUGUUGGGGACUCGUAUGACCCUUACAGUAAGGCUGAUGAAGAUCAUAUUCUGAGGAAACUCCAGCCCAGAUGUACCUGGUAUCUAACGGUGCUUGGUUCUCUUGCAACCACUCAGCGAGAGUAUGUCGCUUUACAUGCAUUUUGCCGUCUCAAUUCACAGAUGCAAACUGCAAUCUUAAAGCCCAGUCCUGACCACUUCCCAAAAUAUGAGCAACAGACACCUGCCAUGCCUGAAUGCUUCACACAGAAUUUUGUUGAUCAUUUGCAUCGGACCUUCAAUGGACCUCAGCUGGCAGCAAUCCAAUGGGCUGCAAUGCAUACGGCUGCUGGUACAAGUAGUGGGAUGACAAAGAGGCAAGAUCCAUGGCCCUUCACCCUUGUUCAAGGGCCUCCAGGAACAGGUAAGACACACACAGUCUGGGGAAUGCUAAACGUCAUCCAUUUGGUUCAAUAUCAGCAUUACUACACUUCUUUGCUUAAGAAACUGGCACCCCAGAGCUACAAGCAAGCUGAUGAGAGCAAUUCUGGCAACAUUGCAAUGGGUUCAAUUGAUGAAGUUCUUCAUAACAUGGACCAGAAUAUCUUCCGCUCUCUUUCAAAGCUCUGUCCAAAGCCCAGAAUGUUAGUUUGUGCUCCUUCUAAUGCUGCAACAGACGAGCUUCUUGCCCGUGUUCUUGAUCGUGGUUUUAUUGAUGGUGAGAUGAAAGUAUAUCGGCCUGAUGUGGCCAGAGUUGGGGUUGAUUCACAAUCACGUGCUGCCCAGGCAGUUUCUGUUGAGAGGAGAACUGAACAAUUGUUAGUCAAGAGUCGUGAGGAAGUCUCAAAGUGGAUGCAAGAUUUAAGAGGUCAGGAAGCAUAUUUCUCCGGGCAAAUAGCUGACCUUCAAAACAAACUUAGCAUGGCAGCUGCUGAUGGUCGUUCCCAAGGAUCUGUUGGUGUUGAUCCUGAUAUUCUUAUGGCUCGGGAUCAGAACCGAGAUGCAUUGCUGCAGAACCUUGCAGCAGCUGUUGAAAACAGAGAUAAAGUUCUAGUUGAGAUUUCUCGCCUUCUCAUUUUAGAGGCCAGGUUCCGUGGUGGUAGCAACUUCAAUCUGGAGGAAGCCCGUGCUAGUUUAGAGGCAAGUUUUGCCAAUGAGGCUGAGAUUGUUUUCACCACUGUCUCUAGCAGUGGUCGAAAGUUGUUUGCUCGACUUACACAUGGUUUUGAUAUGGUAGUUAUUGAUGAGGCAGCCCAAGCCAGUGAAGUAGCUGUUCUUCCUCCCCUAGCUCUUGGUGCUGCACGUUGCGUUCUUGUAGGGGAUCCCCAACAACUUCCCGCAACAGUUAUCAGCAAGGCUGCUGGAACCUUAAUGUAUAGUAGAAGUCUUUUUGAAAGGUUUCAACAAGCAGGAUGUCCAACAAUGUUAUUAUCUGUCCAGUAUAGGAUGCAUCCUCAAAUUCGAGAUUUCCCUUCACGGCAUUUCUACCAAGGCCGUCUUACUGACAGUGAAAGUGUUGUUAACUUACCUGAGGAGAUGUAUUACAAGGACCCUUUACUUAGACCUUACUUAUUCUAUGAUGUUACUUAUGGGCGGGAGUCCCACAGGGGUGGAUCUGUAUCGUAUCAGAACAUACAUGAAGCACAGUUAUGUGUGCAGUUAUAUGAGCAUCUUCAGAAAACUCUGAAAUCCUUCGGUUUGGGGAGGAUCUCUGUCGGCAUAAUCACCCCGUACAAGCUGCAAUUGAAAUGUCUUCAACAUGAAUUUUCAGCAAUUUUAAAGUCAGAAGAAGGGAAAGACAUAUAUAUCAACACUGUAGAUGCUUUUCAAGGCCAGGAACGGGAUGUCAUUAUUAUGUCUUGUGUACGUGCUUCAAAUCAUGGUGUUGGCUUUGUUGCUGAUAUUCGCCGUAUGAACGUUGCUCUCACACGGGCAAAAAGGGCAUUAUGGGUUAUGGGGAAUGCAAAUUCUCUGGUGCAAUCUGAUGAUUGGGCUGCAUUAAUCAAUGAUGCUAAAGCAAGAAGCUGCUAUAUGGACAUGGACUCUCUUCCCAAGGAGUUCUUUGUUUCAAAGGGAAUGCAGGGCAAAUCCACCAAUACACGGGGUUUGAGAAUAGGUGGGCCAAGACACAGAUCUAUGGAUAUCCACGUGGAGUCCAGAUCAGGAACACCAUCAGAAGAUGAUGAUAGUUCAAGUGCAACUGUGAUUUCUAGGAAUGGGAGUUAUAGGCCCUUUAAGCCACUAAUGGACAAUUCACUAGAUGAUUUUGACCAUUUGGGUGAUAAAUCAAGAGACGCUUGGCAAUAUGGUGUACAGAAGAAGCCAAGUUCUUCUGGAAUUAAGAGAGACUCGUAGAUGUCUUGAUAACUGUCUGCAAAUUCUUUUGGCAUUUGGGAAAGCAUUCAAUGCUAUUGAAUCUCCAGAGUUGUUAUGACUUGGAACCUUGGCUUUCUAAAGCUCUGAUUGCAUGUGCCCAACUGUAGCUCCUUGCACGGGAUGCAUUUGCUAAACAUAACACAAAACAAGCUGGAAAUGCUGUGGUUAUGUUGGAUGCUUGGACUUGAUGAACAAUGAUAUUGCUUUGCAAUAGAUCUGGUCUAAAUGGAUUGGCUCCUGUGGAUUCUUGCUAGGAGAUGGGUGCUUUUGAGUAAGUUGCGGGCAACCACCCUUAACCAACCAUCUUACAGCUUUGAAGGAAUCAGUUGGUCGCAUCAAGAAGCGUUUGACUAUUUCUAAUCUUGAGGUGACACUAUCCUGCGACGGAGCUCAAGUCUUGAAUUCUUCUUUUUCUGAUGGCUUAGUUGAUAUGGGGUGUCGAGAUGCUUCCUAUUCAUGUAAUUCCAUACCUGACAUUGUCGCUUUAUUCUUGAAGAGCGGAAGCUGACUCCUCGGUUCUCAAUUCUUUGAGAGUAUGAGCACUUUCAGUGUCGAGUUCUUGUAUGGAAGAUGCCAAGUACAUUCUUGGAUGUUCAAAUGUGAAAUGUACUAGGAUACAUGUUAGAUACUGGACUGUUAACCAAAUAUCUUUUCUUCCAGUUUUUUGAAGGGAAGCAAGAGUACACGCCUGCAACAGAUGUGUAACUCCAAAUCUUAUGUAUAGAAAAAAGUAGAGUACAGGGUUUGUACAACCAUUAUAGGCAUUAUGGCUUUUACCUACUUGUACAUAAAUCUUCAGCUGUGCAAUCAAAUAUCAAUCUAUUUAUUUUUGGCUCCUUGAGAAUUAA